AUGGAUAACGCAGAUUUAGAAAAUUUAAUUUAUGAUUUAGUACUUAAUCAAAAUUUUCUUAAUUAUUAUGAAUUAAAAUCAUAUCUCCAAAAACAUAAUAAAAAUAUAACAGGUGAUGAUAUGGAUUAUUAUUAUCCGUAUUAUAAAAAUGAAAUUUUGAAAUAUCAUGAUAAAAUAAUUUCUAAAAUUAAAGACAAAAUUAAAAAUAAUGAAUAUACAAAGGGAAAAACUAAAUCACAACUUAAACAAUUGAAAGAUUUCAAAAAUAAAGUAUUAACAGAAGAAGAUAUUGAUGAAUUAUAUAAAUUAUAUAAUCCUGAGCCGCAACAGCUAAAGGAACAAAAACAAAAGGUGCAAAACGCCCAGGUCCUUCAGACCAUAAAUGAUGCACAAGCUUUAAUUUAUGAUUCAUUAGUUAAACCAUAUUCAGCCCGACUUUUAAAUGAAGAUCAACUUUUGGAAUUCAUCCUUCAACAUAAACUCGAAGCGGGAAAGUAUAUCAAACCUUUAUAUACAGCAUAUUUAAAACAAAUGAAUAGAAUACAUCCAGAAUUAAUGAAGGGGGGGGAAUGA